GAAGUCAUUUAAGGUAGCGGUUUUCGCUACAUCUUGCGAUGGGGAAAGGUUGUAAAUGAGCUAUGCGCUUAGGUUGCGGUGACCGGGCGGACGCUGCUGAGCCCCUGGAUGGCAAGGAAGAGACGGGGGUCUACAUCUGGAAGCUUUAGCAGAGGCCUGCUUUGUUCUUGUAUAUCUUGGACAGAUGGAUCCAAUCUGGCAGGGCUGGGGGCAGGCAGCUGAGCAGAAGAAGCAAACUCCGUUGCAAAGCCGUCCGUCUUGCAGCAAAAGCAGCGGUGGAGGAAUCUGAGAAACGUGGGAAGGGUGCUUUUUCGGGCAGAGCUCUGUUCCUUGGGGUAAGGGUUGGCCAUGGGGCCUUUUCUGUGCCCCCAAGUGCCCGGGUGGCACGUGGGGACAAUCACAGCCAUUCUGCUUUCGAUGCUGCUGGCGUUCCCUUGGAUUCUGCAAAAGGCUGACCGUGGUUACAAGGGAGAAAGACCGGCCUCAUCUGUGUCAGCAACUUCUGCUACCCAGGAAUUUGACAGAGUCGUGGCCAGGAGGAGGCGCUAUGCCAUCAACCCUCUGGGCUAUAAGUGGGACCAUGUGAAUCUGACUUACAGGAUCGUGCGGUUCCCCAGCACCCUCAACAAGGCAGACACCCAAAGAGCCAUUGCAAAAGCCUUCCAAAUGUGGAGCGAUGUUUCGCCCCUCACCUUCCGGCGGCUACCUCCUACCGAGCAGGCAGACAUCACCAUCGGAUUCUACACCUUCAAUCACACCGACUGUUGGUUCUCCCCUCUGCAUCCGUGCUUCGACGGGCUCAACGGGGAACUGGCUCACGCCUUCCUGCCUCCCCGCGGCGAAAUCCACUUCGACAACCACGAGUUUUGGAUUCUGGGCCGCUCGCGCUUCAGUUGGAAGCAAGGUGUCUGGCUCAACGACCUGGUUCAGGUGGCGGCUCACGAGAUUGGCCAUGCUCUGGGCCUGUGGCACUCCCAGGACAUCCGGGCUCUCAUGCACCCCAAUGCGACCUACAGCAGGACGUGGCGCAUCGGCCAGGAUGGCGUUCCUACAAGGAGCCAUCCAAAAAAAGCGGCUUUACUGGUGAGAGCCCGCCCUGGCAGAGCAGUUCAAAACAGCUGCGUGGAUGAGAAGAGGCAAUGCCCAUCAUGGGCCCAGCAGGGAUUCUGUACACGCCAGCGAGACUUCAUGAAACGGCACUGUCCUAGGAUCUGCAACGCCUGCUUUGAGCACCCUUCUACAUCCACCUCCUCUUCUUCACCUGCCCGGCCUUCUCUCACUCAGUUAAGGUUCAUCUCUAAGGGCAGAGUCAUCACCUUCCGUUGUGGACUGAGCUCUUCCACAUCGGACUUGCGCAUCAGCUGGUAUAAAGACGGGGAGCCCCUUUCCCGCUCCCUCCCGGGCUUCGAGCUGCUUCCCAGCCAGGACUUGCGCGUCAUCGCGACGGAGUUCAGCGAAGGGCGCUACGCCUGCUUGAUCCGCCGUGGGGGCAGGACUCUCCGGGUUAACUCCUGGCAGGUGAAGCUUAAAGGGAAGGCGCCCUUGAUAGGGCUGGGAAAGGAGGCCGGCGCAGCACAUUGACCGAAGCCUCUGAAGGAGAACAUGUUCAGAAUCCCAGCUGGGACCUAGCACCAGCUGUUUGGAUCUGUCGUAGUGCAAGUGGUCAGCCAUUGUGUCCUCUGCCAGAAACUUUGGAAGAUACAGCCGGGAAUCUCUGAGGUUACCAACCUCCAACAUAGACCCUGGGGUCCUCCUAGGCCUUUCCGCACGGCACCAUCAUACCUGGUUACAACUGGAUUCUUUCAGUCUGGGUCUGUUUUAUCCUGGUUUCUCCCUUUGCGUGGCUGCCCAUUUUUUGAAGGAAUUCAGCGAAGACCGGGUGGAAAUCCUUCAGUUCUUGCGCAUGAGCCUGGGACUUCUGUAUUUACAUUGCAAACGUAUCUGAGCAUGCCCAGUGUCCCGUGUUCUGAUUGGCUGUUGGUUUUGAGUGGCAGCUUGAAUGAAUGUCA